AUGGCGUCGAGUGGAGGAGAUGGGGAAUCGAAAUGGACUGCCGCUGUUAUCAGCUUCGUACACAGCUUUUGAAACGAAAGAGCUACCUCCGCUUAUAGGAUCCAUAAUAACCAGUGAAUCUGAGAUCCUACACCAUGAUAAACAGUAGGAGCCGUUCUACUCGUUGUUCCUGGCGCUCUCUGCUCAUUACAUCACCACAGUCUGUGGACAAAACGGAGAUUGACGACCAGACGACGACAGAUCAGACCUUCCAGGCCAAAAUGAAGAAUGCCUUUGUGUCCAGUCUCCAGGAACUGGGCGGAUCGGAGAAAUUGCUACUUGUCUGCCUCAACUUUCCCUUACUUCCUGCGCUAUAUCAACCGGUUUCAGGACGCCGUCUCGGUCAACUUCAUCAUGCCCGUCACCGUCGGAGACGCAACCGCUUGUCCGCAAUGGGUUCCCAUGGUGAUCGAUGUAACCAUGCCGUUUUUUUAAAAGGCUAAACGAGGGAGUUUCCAUGGUUACAGAUGCUAUAGGAUGAUGCCAGUGCUUUGGAUAGAUGGCUAAAACCCGGAGACAUGGCCUUCCUAUGGAAAAUCUUACCCAUCCCUAUUCCAGAUGACGACAGCGAGCCCGUCUUGGGCCUGUGGUUCGAGGAGACCAUCUCCCCCACUAAAGACAAGGUGGUCCCCCCCACCUCCGGAGACCUCUACCGUACUGACGAGCCCCUCCAAGCAGAACGUUGGAGAGAACGGAAACAUCCUGGCCGGACGCAAGGAACCCGAGCUGGUGAGGCGCUGUGGUGUUAUGACGCAUCCUGACCUUCAUCACCACCUCCAGUUCCUGAGCCUGGCCUCCAGCAUCCUGGACUUCAUCACCACCUCCAGCAUCCUGAACUUCAUCACCACCACCAUGUUUCAGUUCCUGAGCCUGGCCUCCAGCAUCCUGAACUUCAUCACCACCUCCAGCAUCCUGGACUUCAUCACCACCACCAUGUUUCAGUUCCUGAGCCUGGCCUCCAGCAUCCUGGACUUCAUCACCACCUCCAGCAUCCUGAACUUCAUCACCACCACCAUGUUUCAGUUCCUGAGCCUGGCCUCCAGCAUCCUGAACUUCAUCACCACCUCCAGCAUCCUGGACUUCAUCACCACCACCAUGUUUCAGUUCCUGAGCCUGGCCUCCAGCAUCCUGGACUUCAUCACCACCUCCAGCAUCCUGGACUUCAUCACUACCACCAUGUUUCAGUUCCUGAGCCUGGCCUCCAGCAUCCUGAACUUCAUCACCACCUCCAGUUCCUGAGCCUGGCCUCCAGCAUCCUGGACUUCAUCACCACCUCCAGCAUCCUGGACUUCAUCACCACCACCAUGUUUCAGUUCCUGAGCCUGGCCUCCAGCAUCCUGGACUUCAUCACCACCUCCAGCAUCCUGGACUUCAUCACCACCACCAUGUUUCAGUUCCUGAGCCUGGCCUCCAGCAUCCUGGACUUCAUCACCACCUCCAGCAUCCUGAACUUCAUCACCACCUCCCAUGUUGAAGUCCAGGAACAACUUGAUCAGGAACUACCUGUCUGUCUCCCUGACAGAGCAGCACAUGGCCACGCUGGCCAGCGUCAUCAAGGACGUUGACAAAGACGUCAAAGGUUCCUCAGAUGAAGAGUUUGCCUCUGCCAUGUACCACUUCAACCACACCCUGGUGACCUCUGACCUGCCCUCUCCAGCCCUGCAGUACUCGGGCUACUAGUCGUGAGGAGAAGAACCUGCAGUGUUUCCUGGAGCAGCCGUGAUGUUGACGGUCCUCACUACUACAGUGUUGGCCAUGUAACAUCCUGUCUCCUGAACGCUGGAGGAACACACGACUCGCCUUCCUACGCAGGCUCCUCGUCGCCGUACACAAGGUCUCCGCUGUCUUCGCCAACAAACUCCCAGAUGAACAGUCCAAUGAGUGUACCGCUCUCCUCUCCUCUUCUGGGGCCUUGUGGAACUCAUCUAUGACAUGUUCAAGGACUUCUCUCUGACAUUCCAGACCUCUUCCUGCAAGACCUGUUGAACUCUGUGCCCUGAUGCCAGACCUCCCUGGACCCUGUCCCACACGUUGGUCCUGCUAACGGCACCUCCACCAUGUUCAAUUAUAACUCUUUAAAAGCAGAUCUUACACGUGUGGUCUGAGUGAGGAGUCUGUUUUAGGACCAUGUUGCUGGAAACAUUCAAUACACCCCCACAUACAUGUCUGGUAGCUUUCAAAAAAACAAACCUUUUUUGUUGUUAUUGGUCUUUUCAAAACGGAGGCAGGAUGGUGAACUAAGAUAACUGACCCUGUUCUCCUGACGAACCUGGGUGACACGUCUGUGCUAAUGGUAGAAACAGGUUAGGUCUUGACUGGAAUAGACAUGUGUUUUACAGGGUGGAAGGGGAAUAGACAUGUUGUGCAGGGUGGAAGGGGAAUAGACAUGAUGUACAGGGUGGAAGGGGAAUAGACAUGAUGUACAGGGUGGAAG